CCCCACCCUUCUUUGCAAACUUCAGCUCAAUGGCUUCUCCUGGACCAGCAGACAAUACAAAUCAACUGCAAAUUACUGAUCUUGCUGAGGUACUUCAAUUACUCAGAAGACAUGGUUACUCAGGAGUCAGUUACUAUGAUCUUGGACUUUAUCUUGGCCUAUCCUCUGCUACACUGGAUGCUAUUAAAGAAAAUGAAAGAAAUGUUGACAGUUGUCUACGUGAGUGUCUCAAAGCAUGGUUACAGAAAGCUGAUAAUGUGCAGAAGAAAGGUGGUCCUAGUAUCUAUUCAUUGGUAUCAGCAUUGAGGGAAUUAGGAGAGAAUGGAGUAGCUGAUGGAAUAGAUAUGGAGAAGCAUCCUGGUUGUAAAAUUCUUGCUCAUUUUUUCUCAAACCAAUCUCUACUGUCUGCAUUACCUCAGCUGACUGAAUUGUUGUGUUCAGAGAAGCUAAUAAAAGAGGUGAUGCUGUUUGCUACUGUAGAAGGAAAAGCUCUACUGAUUCAAAUAAAGGAAGCAGUUUGCAAUGACUACAGAAAGCUUAUAAUAUUUGCUGAGAUUUUGUGUAAAGUAAAGAUCACUGUUGGAAUAGGAAAUGUCAUUAAGAAAGAAUACAGAGAGCUAUAUUGCAGAAAUGAUUUACCAGAAAUGGGUGAAAGUAGUGCUAAAUAUCCAAAAUUUUAUCUUCCACUAAAAAUGGCAACAAAAUUUAUGUCAAUGAGAGUAAAAUUUAGCAAUACAUUCAAAAAAGUGGGAUUAAUCAUUAAAAGAAAGCCUAUUCCAAUGUUUGAAGACGUUAGAAGUACAUUGAGGUUUUUUUGUAAAUCCUUACGACCUCAACUAGCUGUGUGUCAAGAUAUAGAUGAUAUCUUAGAAUUAAUUAGUGAUAAUAGUUCACUUAUUGAUAUUAGUUUACUGGAGAGUUUAGUUGAUGAGCUUAAUAUAGAUGAAGCUAAGGAAGUUCUUCUAGAAUAUAAUGAUAAAGCUGCUAAGGAGCUUAAUAAAAAAGAUCUUACACAAUGUCUGGGAGAAAUAUUUUCAAGCAUCUCACUACUUCAGUGUGAAACGAUUACAAUUCUUGUUGACAAAAGUCAUGCCAAAUUUAUACUUGAUGAUGUCAGAAUAUGUCUAAAAAAUUUGUUUGAAAAUUCAUCACCUCUUGUCAGGCUAAAUGUGAUUAAAGAAGAUAAUUCUUUCACCAUCACUUGUUCCUUUCUUUUGACUAUAUUUAAGCAGUUAAUUACAGUUGCUCUUAAUAAUAUUGACGUAUUGAAAGAAAACAAAGUGAAGAGAUUAACCAUUGGAUACUGCACUGUGUAUGAGGUAAAGGACACCUCCAUUGCUACUACAACAGAAAUAGAUGAAUACACCUCAUCAUUAUCAACUAGUAGUGGCUUAAUGAAACAAUUGAUGCUGUCAUUGAGUGUACAACUGAUUAAUAGUAAAGAGGAGGUUACUACUUUAAAUGAGGAAAAUAUGAUAACUAAGAAAGGUGCAGAGUUAUUGAAGAAUGAAACAGAGUCAUUGAAGGAAACACUGGGUACUAAAAGCAAAAUGCUGAGUGCCUAUAGAGCAGAGAGUGAUAGGUUUGAAAGAAUAGCAGCUGAGACAAAGCAGUUACUACUAGAGAAAGUAUCACACUUAACAGAAAAUGAAAAAUAGGAAAAUGAGAAACUGAAAGAAAUAAAAGUAU